AUGCACUUAUCCUUAACUAAGAAUACGUUCACUGGUCCGUGCAGACUUCAAGUACAAGACUGGCUGUCCGAUUGCACCAAAGUCCACGACAUCUGCAAUGAAGACUGGGGCACAACCUCCGACUACCCUAUACGACUUUUAAAUGUUGGUCCUGAGAUGGGUACCCAAGUCAGACUGCAACUGUUCGAGCACGGCGCCAUUCGGCCCCGAUACGUUACCAUGAGCCAUUGUUGGAAUCACGGGCCUGCGCCUCAGCUCGUGAAGCUUACGACAGACAAUCAACAUCGACUGACCUCUGGAUUUGCCAUCGCCGAUCUCCCAAAGAAGUUUCAGGAUGCUGUCGCGAUCGCCCGCUGGAUGGACGUGAAUUUCAUCUGGAUCGAUGCCUUAUGCAUUAUGCAAGACUCAAAAGAUGAUUGGCAACACCAGGCCAACAACGUAGGGGACAUUUACGCUGGUUCUUAUUGCAACAUCGCAGCCACCAACGCUGAUCAGGAGGUGGGUUGCUUCAGAAACAGACCUGUGGAGAUCGUGGAACCCUACUUGGUCGAUGAUCCGAAGAAGGCGUCUCACAAGAACAGUCAUGUCAUUGGGUAUGAUGAUUUCUGGUGUAACAGCUUGCUUGAUUCGACCCUGCAUACAAGGGCUUGGGUCUUACAGGAGCGCCUGCUAAGUCCGCGGACCAUCCACUUUGGGAAAGAGCAGAUGUUUUGGGAGUGUCGACAGCACAAAGCCUGUGAGGCUUAUCCAUUGGGCAUUCCAACCCAGUUUUCGAAUGAGAGGACCCGGGAUUGGAGAGCAGGUGUACAGAUGUUCAAUCCCGAGAGCCGAACGCCUGGUGUCAUCAAGACGUCGAUCCUAGCCGCAGUUUCAGCCUGGUUUUCCGGUUGGCUACGUCCAUCAAAGCCCACGCCGCACGUCAUCCCUUGUCAAGAGGCCUACGAAUUCUGGAGCAGAACCGUCGAGCGCUAUAUGGAAUGUGGCCUGACAUUUCAAUCCGACAAACUUGUCGCCAUUGCAGGCCUGGCCAAGAAGGUUUGCGAGACCACUGGGGAGCGCUAUCUGGCUGGGCUCUGGGACAAUGUGCAGCUACCACAGAGUCUGCUGUGGUACGUGCCCGUCCGAGAGCAAGCAGGCGGCAGCCCGUCCAAAAGGGCUCCAAGUCUCGGCUCCCCGGAUUACCGAGCGCCUUCGUGGUCGUGGGCUUCCAUCGAUGCCAAGAUUACCUGGGAUUGGCCUGCUCCAUGUGGUAGAGUGCUGAUCACUAUUCUCGAGACCAACAUCGAGCGAGAACGUGGCAGCGGCACCAGCGCGAUUACCUCUGCAAGGAUGGACAUCAAAGGAAUACUGAUCAGCGCAAAGCUCCAGAUCUCGCACAACGAUGCUGGUGAAAGAUCGGAAGAGGAUGGGAGUUACAUCAUGACUUUUCCUGGCAAGGCAUCAGAAACAAAUGACAGUGGUAGUACGCGAACGGCACGACAAAUUGAGCCAAUGGUCUUCCUCGAUAUAUCCUUGUCUUCGACUGAAGCAGACGAAUUCUUCUUUCUACCGGUAUGUACGGAUUGGCGGAGUCGUGCGGGAUUGAGCAUUGCGGCUGUUGCAGGCUUGCUAUUAAAGCGGGCAAGAUGUGGAAAAGAGAACAUGUACGAAAGAAUAGGGGUCGUUGGCAUGAGUGCAGGUGAAGCUCAAAUGGCCACAGGAGGCUCCGCCCUGCUCGAACGCACAUUUGAUGGUAUGCAUUUUACGGAAUUGGACUCCAUCACAAUUAUCUAA